CCCCCGCCCCCGUCCUUCCCUCUGUCACCCACUCAUUGGAGUUCUUUCUCUGGCAGCCUUUUAAACCAGAGAUUACUGGGUCAGUGACAUUCAUUAUUUCUUUUAUUCUAGUAUGCUCUCGUAUUCAGCCUCCUGGAGAAACACUGCUACCUCUGCACUGUGCAGGCGUUCUGAAUGCACAAGGAUAUACCUACAUCAAUGAAAAUUGUUAACAGAAGGGAAACUACUGGCUUGACCUUCUCUUCCCCCAAAAGGAAGAUGUGAAAUCCGUGAGUACUGAGACCCAGGAGGAUGAGGGUCAUGUGCAGUGCAGUAAUCUAUGGAUAGCAUCAGUGCAAGAACCUCACCAGAAGUUGGAGUGUUUUAUGGACUUCCUCAGACAGUUGUCAAAAAUAUGUAAUUAUUUCUUUUUCAGAGUAACUUCUGCAUUGCGCUCUGUUCCAAUUCAGUGCUCAUGUCUGGUGGAGAAUAGGUGGUCAGAGAGGUGGCAGUUCCUAUUUGUGUAGUGAUCUUAAAAACACAUAAAGAGCAACUAAGAAGGAAAAAAAAGGAACUUUAUCUUCUCAACUUCUGCAAUAUGAGAGAUUUUUCUGGGCUUCAAAGAGUAGAGGGCAAAGAGGCUUUCAUUGGUCUUUUAAGAAGAAAAUAUUUACCUGUUCAAAAAAUGAAGGUUAGCUGUUACUCUCUUUUGUUUAUGAAAACAAAAACCAAGACUUGAUUUUAUUUGCUCUUGCAGUUAUCUUCAGUAUAAUAGGCAUCUGCUAACAAUGUGAUCUCGAUCUUUAUCACAAAAUUUAAAGUACUUCUAACAAUAUAAACAGUUUUACUUAACACUUAACAGGUAACAAUGCAUUGUCUUCAAGGUGGUCUUUAAGGGUCAACCACAAUCAAUAGCUCCUUUUUGUUACUCUCUGACCUGCUCUACCUUUUUAAAAGUAUGUUGUGUAAUCGAAAAUCUUCUUCUCGGUGCUUCGGUGCUCGGUCUUUCCCUUUAUUUUCUUGUCUGCCAGUGAGUCCCCCCACUUGCCUUCCUUCAAUGGCGUAGAGUGAAGGACUGCUCUUUAGACAGAAACUCCUCGGGCCCUACAGCCUGUGGCUGAUGCAGAAGGGGGUCUCCUAAGGAAUGGAAAUUAGAAACGUUUGCCCAGGGCUACAGAGGAACCCUAUGGAAAAGAAUAAUUCCAUUUUCAUUCUUGCAUUAUGCUGCAAUAUUUGGCACCAUAGUGCAAUAAAGUUUAUGCUGUUAUAUUCAAACUUUUAUUCUCUACUGCUUCUCUGCCUUUGUGCAAUGUCAAAUAUGUUUUCAGUCUUAUAUUGGCUUGUCAGCACUUCUGCACUCAGUUUCCACUAGCUAAUAUCCUAAACUUGGAUUAAUCAUAGUUUAGUGUACGACAGUGACAAUACCAUGCUGAGAAUGCAUAUUGAAAUCAGAGACAGUCUCUUGUAAAUUGAAACUAUAUUAUGUCUUUAUCUGAUAAUCACUGUUAAAGUAGCUGUAGUGUGAAAGACGUAGAAUGAAAAAAAAACAGGUGUGGGGAUUUAAUUUUUUUGUUUGUUUGUUUUUUAUCUUAUAACAUUCUUAUGAUUCUGUUCUAACACAGCAAAGAAACAAAGGAAAAAAAUGUUAAGAACCUGGAUAUGUUUGAUGUGUUUCACAUUCAUCAGUUGUUACUCAUGAUGAAAAAAGUUCUAUUCAUUGACCAUGCAAUUAAACACUUCUUGUUUCUUUACAUUGCUAAGAAGUGUACAGGAUUUGACAAAAAGUGCUCAGGACUUCCAUUAGCAGACCAAAACUGAGCAAGAAGAAGGAGAAAGGAACUGUCACCUACCAUUCCUUAACUCAGCAAAUACCUUGCUGGAUACUUAGUUUCUAUGUGACCUGUAAUCUUUGUUUGUAGUACAUGGAACAAAACCUCUAAAUAGCAAACAGUCCAAGGGGUGUAUGUGUUAAUUGCACAUUCUAAAGUGACAACGCCCUGAUUUAAUAGCUCAGGAUCCUUUCAUUCCCCCGAGCUAAGUUUUAAUUGCUGCAAUAAUAUUGGCCUUUUUUUUCCCUAGAAAUCGGGGAAGGCUGCUGCUUGUUUUCUUUAAUCCCAAUCUGAAAAAAAAAAACAAACAACCUGUUUCUAGUAAAUCUUUUCUGGUGUUCAUUAAAACAAAACAGUCCAACUCCCAGACCACAAUAAUCAUCCUCCAUAAUCCCCUUCAAGUUUUGUUCAGUGAAAUCUCCCAGGCAACCAGAGAUUUUGUCACACAAAGAGAAACUCCUAAAGUCUCAUCCAAAUCCCAUUGAAGACUUUGGGUGUCACUGAGACUUGGCUCAAGGUCACUAGUGAUUAUAGAUUUUUUUACUAAUUUUUUAGGUAUUGCAAUUGCAAGUUAUUGGUGCUGUUUCUGAUCUUCUUUUAAGUAGUUUUGCACUGGUAGAUAGCUAUCUAUCUAUCUAAAUUAUUUGGACUAGUCUUUAUUUACAUCACAUCAGCCAUCCUCAGAAUCAGACUCGGGAAUCUGUACCUUUAUAACCUCUAAAUAAAGAAGUGCUCGAAACCUUCCAACCAACAGAUUAAUAUUUGCAUUCUUUGAAGCAAAUUUUAUUAAUGCCAGGGUUGUUGUGACAAAAAAAGGUAUAAUAAAAAAUUAUCUAAAACAGCAGAUCUACUUGACAUGCAUCUAGACACUCACAAAUUAGAGUUUCUGUGUGUACCUCUGGGUGAGUCCUGCAUAUGGAGUCCUGCAUAUUUUCUCCAGAGUCUGCUGUUGAAAAGACAUCUAGCUUGCAAUAAUUCAUGGAUGCUCUUAGGGACUUAACACAUUCUCCAGCUUCCUAAAACCGAUGAACGCUUGGCAAAUUGGGAAGUUUUGUCAGAUAUUUUGCGAUGAUGAUAACUCUACAGCAGUCUUUGAGUUUCGUUUUUUUCCUAUUUUUUUUAAAUUGUUUGUUUGUUUGUUUUUUGUUUUAGGCUCUUGAAAACCAAUUGUAUUUGGUGAGAAUGCUUAUGUUUGUAACUAGCUAUUGCAUAAAAUGUGCAACAGCAGCUCUGAGGAGAAACUAGUUCUUCUGGCAUUUGGUGGAAAUUUUUAACAGACCACAAACGAAGUUCUGCAUAACCUUACCCUACACUGUCCAUAGUCCGGUGUGUUCCUCUGUUAGAUCUACGGAUUAACAUCCACUGCCUCUUCAGAGGCUCCUUUUCCCUCUGCCUUCUCCCCUGGGCUCAUCUACAGAGCAGGGCAGGGCUCUGCCAGCAGAUGAGGAGUUCCUCAGAAUUCCCCUUGCUGACCGUUCAUUGAACAAUGCUUUGGACAUGUCUUCAGGACUCCUAUUCCUUUUGAUCAGCCUGCCUCUAAUGACAGGAAAGGUCUUAUAUGCGAUCUCACAGGAAUUACUGGACCCUUUGUGGGGUACAAUGCAGUGUUUUCCAAAAACACAUCAGGAAAUUAACUUGGGUCCUGGGACCAGACAGCUUUGUCAUUUCAGCUAAGUGUCAUCAGAAGAUUUAGGGUGCAAAAGGUCUCUGCAGGUAACUGCCCUUACCCUUUGCUCUCAGCACAGCUAGCUUUUACAGCAAGUCAAGCUUCAAAGUUGCAUCAGGCUACUCAGGCCAUGAUUAGUUGUUUUGUAAACAUCUCUGAGGAUGGAGACUUCACAGCCCCUCUGGGAAACAUGUUCCACUGAUCAUGUUCGAUGUGUCUUUUUUUUUUCCCAAAAUAUUUAAUGUGAAUUUCCCUUGUGAAUUUUGUGGGUUGCAUCUUGUCCCUUUGCUGUGCACCUCCAGGUCCUCUGCACUCUUCUGUUAGAUGUCUAAAAACAUCAAUAAGCCCUUUCUUCUUCAGGAUUAACAGACCCAGCUGUCUCAGCCUCUUCUCAUAAAUCAUGUGCUCCAUCCCCACUGAGGGGUAACAACUAAUACAUGAUAUAACACUGAACUGACAUGGGUGUUUGACUUCUGUGACCAAAGCUGGUGGCUUUUUUUGGCUUGUAGGCAUGCAGUGCACCUAGGGGCUCAUUCUGGUAUUUUGCCAUUAUAGAUAGACCCUUAGAAAGUCAAUGAAGGAAUAGCUUAGUUUAAAAAUACUGAUUCUGCUAACAUGUUGUUCAUUAAUACCAUUAUUUCAAUAAGCCUCUAAGUAUAUCUGAAAUAUUGUGGUCCAUUUGGAAUUAAAUAGUGCCUCAGUCAUUUGUUUAUUCUGGAUACACAGGUGACAUGCCAAGGAAUUAAUAGCAGGGAUGAACCGGGCUCAGGGCAGAGAAGUAAGGAGACUAUAAGGAAGUCCAAAGCAGCCACAAAAUGUGGCAAUGGCAUCACCAGCAGUUGUAGAGCUGCUGGAGACAAUGCACUGUCACUGUAGAUCAGCAUAAGUACUGUGUAGCACAUGUGUGACAUUGCUGAAGCAAUGGCCUACACACAGAGGGGAGAAUGCUAAUCUGAUGGCAUUGACUCCAAAACCUUCUAAUUUUAUUGUCAUUAUGUGCUGAAAGGAUCUCAUUUCAUUUCAUUUCAUUUCAUUUCAUUUCAUUUCAUUUCAUUUCAUUUCAUUUCACUUUGCUGUAGUUGGAUAAGUGACUGAGAAACAAGGUUACAUGUCUCAAGGUCUUUACUCAUAAGGAGACAGCCCUGCAGCUGACAAGCAGGGGCCAAUUCCUGGAUCAUAUGGGGCAAACAUGUAUAGUGACACAGGAGUUGUACCUGAAAGCAAAAGCAGUCAAAGCAAGACUAUAAUACACAGGGACAACAGGAGACAAAUUUUGUAGUAGAGCAUGGCUCACAUAACCACCAUGAAAUUGGCUAAAUGCCAAUUCUGUCUCCUCUUGGAGUCUUUAUGCUCUUUGUGUUUGAAGCAGGGCAAGAAAAGGCAGCAUGAGGUUUAUACGUGCAACCAGUGCUGGGUUUUAUGGGGCAGGCACCACAGAUUGACCUGGGCUUCAUCACCACUGAGGUGAAGAUAUCUCUGCAUGAAAGACUCUGGCAGGGCCUAUUGGAGAGAGACAGCUGGCUGUCCCUUCUUGUGAGCACACAUGUAAUGCGUAAAGAGAACAAUAUGCUUCUUGAUCAGUGCCAUUUCUCAGCUGGUGAUUAGGCUGUCUCUGAACCAUAAUAUGUUUUUGUGGCAGCUAUCCAGGUGGGAGCAGGGAGAGUCAAACUGUCCAGGCUUCAAUUCCGUCAUUUCUCAUAAGGUACCUAGUGCCCUGUGAAUAAAGAUAUUUUGCACUGUAAAUCAGUGCCUCGGCCUGGUAUUGUGAAGCAUGAAGUGACUAGCUGUAAAUCACCGGGUGUAUGCUUCAGAGUCAUUGAUGGCCUCUUAGCACUUUUCCAGGUCCUAGUCAGAAUCUAAAAUUCCUAAUUAUUUUCUUCUUAACUGAGCCCCUCUAUGGCUCAGGAAACUCAGUCUUCUCUGAAACUAGUUGAGACAUACUCUGGAACUGGAGUAAAGGGAUUCAAAAUCCACUGCAGUUGCUGUGCCAGGAGCUUCCUGCUGGCCAAGGAUCUCAGCAUGCAUGAAGUCAGAGGUGUCAGGCAGAGCAUCUUCUUGAGAUAUAUACCAAGGAAGUAUUUUACUUCUGUCAGCCCUGUCUUUACUUUGUUUAAUGCAGAAAAUAGGAAGAAGACAGAAAUGGAGAAGGUUUUAGAUCAGAACACCUCUCCAUGUUUUGCAGGUGGUAUUUGAAGGAAACACAGAUUAUAUUUGAUAAAUGCUAGUAAUCCCUACACUGUGUGAUAAAUGCCAGUCAGUUAAAAGGUUGCACUUGGAGCAAACCACACUUUCUCACUAAGAGGCUGAUAUGUAAUCUGUUUUCCUCUGUCUCUCUCCAAGUUUUCUUUCAUAGGACUGAAGACUGUUACAAAACUAUGAAUUUUACGAAGUGGAGUGCUGUCUCAGAUGUGCUGAUUUUGAUGAAGUGCUAUGAAUACACAUCCUUCUAGAAAGAAACAAAAAUUAGCAAGUACUUUGGGCACAUUUACAUAUCUGGAUUUUAGUAAAAGCUGUUUGUGUAACUAAACCCUUUAACAUUAACUGAGAUUUUGAUUUGUUUCUGGAACACACUAAAAAACCCUUCACCUGUGAACCUAAUUCCCUUUACUUUGGCUAGAAUUAUAGAUUUUUUUUCAGAUUUUGUUCAGACUGAUCUGGCUGAAAAAAAUUAGACCAAAAUGGAAGGAUUUUCAGAUAAAAAUAUAGAAAAUCAAAAUUAAGAUUUGUGGCCCAGACUACAUGGUCAACAUAUGGCUAACUUUAAACAUGUUGGUCCCAAUGUCUUCAGUCUUGAAUCUGAACUGAAGUUGAGUAGAUCUGUCUUGUGUUACUUUAGGAAGUGAAUAAUGGUGGUUUUCCAGUGAAAUGUGAAACUGGGUGGAUAUGUUCAUACAAUUGUAGGCUGUUCAGAAGGUCAUCGUGUUGGAAACAAGAGAACAAACAGUUAUCUGCUAACAAUAAUGAAGAAAAUAGAUAAAUGGAUGUGUUUUUUUUAUUUGCUUUCAGGAAAGCUCAUUGUUGUUGGUAGGAUUCUGUUUAAAUUAGACUGUGCACUAAAUAUUUACUAGAAAGUGAAGGAAUGUUGAUGUUUUAGUAGCUUGAAAUUCUUACAGUCUUAUCGAAUUUAAUUAGGUCAAUACCAUUGCCUAUUCUUUGGGCCAUAGAUUAAGUUACUUUCAAAGGUUGUGGAAAUUAGGGUCUUAUAAGGAUUUAAAUAGUGGUUGUUUAAUGUCAGAAGAACCAUGCUUUUCUUCUGAGGUUACAAACGUGAAAGACAAGAUUGACUGUAACUGAGGGUGUGAGGAGCUUGUGUAAUUUUUUUUUCCAUGUUAUGUUUUGUUCGUUGUUUCCACUGAAUAUACAUCAGAUUUUUUUUUUUUUCAAGAAAUUAAUUAGCUUUGUUGUGCCAUAUCUUAUGUUUCCAUGUUGGUGUCCCGGCAGAGUUGCUCUCAAUAGCAGGAAGAGUAGAGAAGCACUGCCAAAGUGUUUUCAACUAAAGGCUGAUUUUUUUCCCAUGCGUUCAAUGGCAAAGAUAAACUUAACAAAAGAUGAUUCUCCCUUUAUCCCACUUCCAGGUAUAUUUAAUCUGGAUGAAUACCUACUGCUGCACUUUCAAAUUACUUGGAUGCUCACACCCUUUUAUUAAUAUAGACUUGGUCUAUCAGUAAAAAAGGGUCACUAACAAAGGAUCCUACACAGAUUAGCAAACUUUUAAAGUACUCUGAGAACACAUUCAUCAUCUUGUCAGGCUUGACCAAUGACUUUUAUAAAAAGCCAAGGAUAUUUUGAAAGGCUCCUGUCCAAAUUUCAGUGAAGGGAUGCGUAUUAAUAGAAAACAUGUGGCACAUUGUUACCUAUGACUAACAUCUCAGUCAUUCGUUAUAUGGUGAAAAUCUGCUGGCAGAAGAAGAGAAGACUUCUUUUUUUAAGAACAUUUUCACUGGUGGAAAAGAGCUGGCAUACCCUCAAAGCAUGAAGCCCUUUGAGAAAAGCUGGCUGUUUCUACUGCUGCUUAUUGUACUAAGAGUUGUGUGCUCCUCCUUCAUUAGUGUCAACCUUGGGGUGAAAGUGAUGAAGGGACAGUCUGUCUUCCUGUCAGAAGAUGACCUCAAGUUUUCCAUCCCCAGAGAGAAGGAUGUCUGCAAAGUAGAAGUUGUGAUCAAUGAGCCAAUAACACAGAGGGUUGGGAAACUCACUCCACAGGUUUUUGACUGUCACUUCCUUCCCAAUGAAGUCAAAUAUACUCACAAUGGCUGUCCAAUUUUAGAUGAAGAUGUGGUCAUGCUUAGGCUGUACAGGUUUACAGAAACCGAAACGUUUGUAGAAACAUUCACCCUCCAUGUGCAGUUACUUGAACCAGAAUGUAACAUCAUCAAAAUGCGCUCCCAUGCCCUGGAGGUCCCUGAGUACUAUGGUCUGUCCAGGGCGAUUGACAAGAAUGUCCUCACUUUUGACUAUGACAGGAAGAUAAAUCUGGAUUGCACCAUUUCCGUAGUUUCUUUGGAAACCCACCUGCCUGCUCAUGGCCAGCUCAUCACUGGGGAAGUGCAGCAAGAGCAUCUUCAUGGAGACCAGCCACAGAGCUUCUUCCCUGGCCCUAAGCACAGCCUGGGCCAGCCGUGCAGAAAUGGGAGCUGCAUGCUAGGACUGGGAGUUGUUCAUGACACAAAGAUGAGCUGCGAAGAAUUUUUGAGGAUGGGGAUUCGAUAUCGGCACCUUGAUCCUCCUUCGCCUGACACUGAUUAUAUUCCUGUGAGGCUGGAUCUCACAGACAGCAGAAGCAAAACUCUGCACAAGACUGAGUAUGCAUGGCUCCCUGUUCAGAUUAAAGGUGCUAUUCCAAAUCAAAUACCCAAAGCUGCCUCAAUGGCAAAAUUCAUCCUGGAAGUGAAUCAAUUUAUUUUAACCCCCAUUACAACCACAACCAUUGAUGCUGAAGACAAUGAAACUCCGAAGUCUUUGCUUGUAUUCAACGUUACUAAGCCACCUCCACAGGGCUUCAUCACCCAUCUGUCUGACCACACAAAACCUAUUGGCUCCUUCACGUGGAAAGAUCUCAGUGACAUGCUCAUUGCUUAUCAGCCUCCAAAUAACAGCCACACAGAGAGAAGGAAUUAUAAGGUAGAGUUUGAGGUUCAUGACUUCUACUUUGAAAGGAGUUUACCGAUCACUGUGCAUCUUUCUAUCAGAACGACAGAAACAAAUGCUCCUCGAGUUUCAUGGAAUACAGGCCUCAGCCUCCUGGAAGGGCAAUCCCGACCCAUCACAUGGCAACACUUCCAAAUUGUAGACAACGAUAACAUCCAAAAUGUUCGCUUGGUCACAGUUGAUGGCUUACAGCAUGGGCAGCUCACAGUGAGAGGAGGGAAAGGAUUCAUAUUCGCUGUUUCUGACAUUCAGGCUGGAGUUGUUCACUACCAUCAUGAUGACAGUGAUUCUACCAAGGACUUUGUGGUAUUUAGGAUUUUUGAUGGACUCCACAGUAUUCGCCAUAAGUUUCCAAUCAAUAUCCUCCCUAAAGAUGACAGCCCUCCAUUCCUUAUCAGCAAUGUGGUCAUUGAAGUCCGUGAGGGACAGAUGAUCCUGAUUCAGGGCUCCAUGCUUCACGCUUCUGACAUGGAUUCCAGUGAUGAUUACAUACUAUUCAAUAUUACCAAGCCACCACAGGCUGGAGAAAUCAUGAAGAAACCAGGACCAAACCUCAUAGGGUAUUCUGUCAGCAGUUUUCUUCAGAGAGAUCUGUUUAAUGGAAUAAUUUAUUAUCGUCAUUUGGGAGGAGAAGUAUUUGAAGAUUCCCUUGAGUUUGUGCUGUGUGACAGCCAUGACCCUCCCAAUCUCUCAGAACCACAGGUGAUGAUGGUGCACAUUACCUCUGUGGAUGACCAGCUACCCAGAGAAGCCCCAGGAGUGACCCGUCACCUGGUUGUUAAGGAGACUGAGAUUGCUCACCUAACUAAGAAACAUCUCCACUUCAUAGAUGUGGAAGAGCAAGACAGGGAACUCACAUACACCAUAACCACUUCUCCGUUUUUCUCUUGCACACACAGCCACUCAGAUGCUGGGAAGCUGUUUAUGGUGGACACCAUCCCCAAGCUGGUCAAGGAUCCUGCUGCUCUUGCACUGCAGUCGUUUACUCAGCACGCUGUGAACUAUAUGAAAAUUGCCUACAUGCCACCGCUGCAGGAUAUUGGGCCUGAACCUCAGCAAGUCCAGUUUAUUUUUUCCAUCAGCAAUCAGCAUGGUGGCACUUUGUAUGGGAUCUGCUUCAAUAUUACAAUUCUUCCUGUGGACAAUCAAGCCCCAGAGGUUUUUACAAGCCACUUGAGAGUGGAAGAGGGUGGCCUAAGCCCUGUCACAGAAGGACACAUUCUCAUCUCUGAUGUGGACACGAAACAGGAGCAUCUCUUUCUCCUCCUGCAGAAACAGCCCCAGCACGGGGUAGUGGAGCUGGAUGGCUUUCCCAUGAAGGAAGGUGACAGGCUUUCCUGUGGGGACCUGCGUACCCUGGCAGUCAGGUAUCGGCAUGAUGGUUCUGAAACCCUCACUGACGUUGUCCUCUUUGCAGCCACAGACGGCAUCCACUUUGUAGAGUUCAUACUGCAGGUCAAGGUAUUGCCUGUGAAUGAUGAGCCACCUGUUAUGCGAACAGGCCUUGUUCCUGUGCUCCACUGCCUGGAGGGUGAAGAAGUGGUCCUCUCCCCAGACCACAUUUAUGCCACAGAUGCAGACAGCGAUGACAUGAAACUGACGUUUAUACUGUCUCGCCAGCCCUACCAUGGGGUAGUGAGGAAAGCUGGCAUUGCUGUGGAUCGUUUCUCCCAAGCGGAUGUCGUCUCUGGUUUAGUCACAUACAAGCACACUGGUGGGGAGAUUGGCUUGACUCCUUCCAUUGAGAUCUUAACCUUUGUUGUCUCUGAUGGUGAGGCUGGCCUGGAUGUGAAAGGCUGCUGUCAUGAUGGACCUCUUCCUCCUCCAGUUCUGAUUCACGAUCCAUUUCCAGUAUAUGACCUUAAUAUCACUAUACUUCCAGUGGACAACCAGCCUCCAUCAAUUGCAACUGGUGCAAGGUUUGUGGUGGAGGAGGGCUCCUCAGCAGCCCUUACCACCAACCAUUUGUUUGCCACUGACCCUGACACCUCUGCAGAGGACUUAGAGUUUGUCUUGGUUUCUCCUCCCCAGUUUGGUUACCUUGAAAACAUACUGCCUUCUCCUGGGUUUGAGAAGAGCAACAUUGGUAUAAGUAUAGCUUCAUUUCAGCUGAAGCACCUGAAAGCCCUGAACAUAAACUAUGUACAAGCCAGGCACAUGCGAAUGGAGCCAACAGCAGACCACUUUGUACUUUAUGUCACCGAUGGGCUGCAUCGCUCAGCAGAGACUCCAUUUUUCGUGCUGAUCAACCCAACUAAUGAUGAAGUCCCAGAAUUCAUAGCAAGGAAUAUUACCGUUCAGGAAGGGGAGAUGAGAGAGUUGGAUCUCUCUGUUAUCAACGCAGUUGAUCUAGAUGUGCCUCAAGACCAUUUGGUAUUUGGGGUUGUGCAAGGACCCUGGCAUGGGUUCAUUAUUAAAGGAGUUGAUGGCAAUGAUAUUCAACACUAUAAACAGUUAAUUAACCGUAACCAGCACAGGCAUGGGUUGCUUGUCCAUGAAUUUUCCAUGGAGCUACUGAAGAAUGGAAUGAAGCUGAUGUACAUUCAUGACAAUUCGGAAAACCUCACUGACAGCUUUAAAGUCCAGCUAUCAGAUGGGAAACAUAAAGUCCUCAGGACGAUUUCAGUAAAGGUCAUUCCAGUUAACGAUGAGAAACCAGUGCUGAGCAAGAAGGUUGAUAUAGAGGUCAACAUGGGUGAAACUCGAAUAAUUUCUAGUGCUGUUCUGUCAGCAGAAGACAAAGAUACCCCCAGGGAGAAAAUUUACUACUUAUUUGAAAGACUUCCAGAAAAUGGUCAGCUUCAGCUCAAGGUAGGCCAAGGCUGGAUGACGCUCCAAACUGGAAUGAAGUGCACUCAGGAAGAACUGGAUAUGAACCUUGUGAGAUAUGCCCAUACAGGAGCUAUAGGGUCCAAGAAGCAAGACAGCUUCACGUUUCAUCUGUGGGAUGGGUACAACAGAUCCCCAGCUGCGGACUUCUACAUAAAUAUCAAGGACAUGGAAAAGGGAGACAUUGCUGUUUUCAUAAAACCUCUUAGAGUGUCAAAAGGGGAUCGGAGCUACAUUACAACUGAUGUCCUCCUGGUGCUGGAUGGUACUGACAAGCCAGAGGAGCUCCUCUAUGUGAUAACCUCCCCACCCCAGUACGGACAAAUAGAGUAUGUCAGCUAUCCUGGCAUCCCCAUCAGGAGCUUCAGUCAAAUGGAUGUAGCAAGACACAUAGUCUGCUAUGUUCACAACACUAAGGCAGUUGUUUCUGAAGAUUCCUUCAGAUUCAUUGUCAGCAAUGGACUGAGGACUAAGCAUGGGACAUUCAUGAUCUCCUUGGAAGCAGUCGACCAAGAUUUGCCCACACUGUCUAGGAACACAGGGUUAAGAUUAGUGGAAGGCACUACGGCUUUCCUUUCUCCUGAUGUCCUGCAACUUUCAGACCCAGACACGGCUAAAGAAAACCUUACCUUCCUCCUGGCUCAGCUGCCCCAGUAUGGUCAUCUCUAUUAUCGAGGAGCCAUGCUACUGCAGUACAAUUUCACCCAGCAAGAUGUGGACAACAGGGAUGUUGCAUACAAGCAUGGUGGUGGGGAUUCCCAAACUGACAGAUUUACAUUUGUUGCAACCGAUAGGACUAAUCAAGGCUUCAUCAUGAAUGGGAGGGUGCAGAGUGAGCCAGUGGCAUUCACCAUUCAGGUGGAUCAUUUGGACAAAAUAGCACCCAAAAUUAUUCAUCUCCAUUGCUUUUCUGAUGUGGAAGUGCUGAAGAGUGGCAAUUAUGGGAUUUAUAUUACUGACAGGUCCCUGAAGGCAUCUGACCCCAAUACAGAAGAUGACAAAAUAAUGUUUAGGAUUUUACGAGGUCCUCAUUAUGGCUACCUGGAAAAUAUAACAACAGGUGGAUUUAUUCAGGAAUGGUUUAGUCAAAAGGAUCUAAACAGCAAAAUCAUACUUUAUGUCAUCAAUCCAUCGCAGAAAGUGAAUUCAGACAACAUCGAGUUUCAAGUCACGGAUGCCAGGGGGAACUCCGCAGUGCCCCAAAGGCUGGAGCUACAGUGGUCUCGCAUUGAAAUGCAACAGACUGAGUACGAGGUGUGUGAGAGCGCAGGAGUGGUGUCUUUGAAAAUCGCCAGGGCAGGACACUCAGCGCAGUCUGCCUUUAUCGCAGUGAAGGUCAAUGAAAUAUCAGCUACGCUGGGAAAGGACUUUACAGUGACUCCCUCCAAGCUUGUCCAGUUUGAUCCAGGAAUGUCAACCAAGACAUGGAAUAUAGCAAUUACCUAUGAUGGAUUAGAGGAAGAUGAUGAAGUCUUUGAAGUAGUUCUGAACUCCCCUGUGAAUGCUGUUCUUGGCACCCGGACAAAAGCUGUAGUGAGAAUUUUGGACUCAAAAGGAGGUCAGUGCAGCUAUUCCCAUCCUUCUGGCCAAAGGAAGCAUGACUUCUCGGGGAGAGGCACACUGCUUCCAGUUUCCUCAGGCUUCUCAUCACCUCCCAGGCCUGGCACUGCUCCCUUGGAAGGGAUCCCACUGCCUCCUUCCAAAGGGAUGAGGGAGCAUGGAGGGGACCUGCGGCAGGAACACAGCUUGACGAAUCAGUCAAGAACCAGACUGAGAGUGAUUGGAAAUGGCAGAAUAGUUCAUCCUUCAUCUGUAUUUAGAAAUGGAACCGAUGUGGUUUUCAAAUAUCAUGGGAUGGUAUCACUCAAAAUAGAGGAUGACUCCUCAUCAACUAAAGCAAAUAAGAAGGCUCAAGUGUCAGUAAUUAACCAAGCACAACCACAGAUAAAUGUUGUCUCCUCUAGGAAGACAGAAAUCCCACAAGCUGAUAAGGCAGAACUGGCAUCUGAACCAAACUCAAGACAUCAGGACUUUAACUCUUUUCCAAAGGCCUGUACACCAGAUUUAAAGGGACUGUUGCACUAUGAAGAAAGCACUCAAAAGUUAUUUCAGUGUGACGGGAUAAUAUGGCAAUUCUGGAAUCUCCAAAGCAAGGAGGUAACCACGAAGAAAUGUCCCUCUGGAUGGAGUCACCACGAGGGCAGCUGCUACCUCCUGGUAGUGAAUCACAAAGUCACGUGGAACACUGCUGCUCGGGCUUGCAGAGAACAAUACCUGGGGAGUCUAGCAAGUGUGGCUAAUGAGCAACACAUGCAGUGGCUGUGGGACUUCAGUGGGAGGAAGCCCUUUUGGAUAGGCUUGAAUGACCAAGUUAAUCCUGGACAUUGGGAGUGGAACGGAGGAGAACCUGUAACUUACAUAAACUGGAGAAAAGGCUCAUACCACUUUCCAAAGAGAGGAAGAAAUUGUGUAGUGGUGCAGAAGCGAGGAAAAUGGCAAGCAACUGACUGCAGGAAGGUGAAAAGGAACAGCUAUAUGUGUUCAAGAAAGCUGUAAAGAACAGACGAUCCUUGUGAAAGCAUCUUGACAUUCAUGUUGUUUCAGUUAUAUUUAUCUGCAGACAUGGGAUGGUAUGCAUUUAGAAAACUGUCUUAAUUAUCAGCAAGGUUUAUUUUAUAUGCUGUCAAAAGUGCAGAUGAUAGAAGUCAAUUGCAAAGAUUAAGUCCAGGUUAAGGUUUUGAACUUUCCCCAAAGACUUCGAUCUCUCACUCCUAUAUAUUUUUACACCAAAGAGGAGUGAGGUCUGAAGGCUUUUAUCACAUUUCUGUGUAAAAAUACUUUUUUUUUUUAAUCUUUUUUUUCUUUGUAAUAAAAAGAAACUAACACAUCAGAUAAUUUGCUUCACUCUUAAGCAGGGGAAUUGGCUGUUGCUACAAUUAAUUUGCAAUAAAAACUGAAGUUUUAUCCUGCAGUCACAAAAAGAGGAAGACUGCUUGGGGUGCAAAUGUGGGCAGACCUGGCUGGCUAAAAACAGGUCCUCUUGAAUGAUGAGGGGAGGGACAUUAUGGCAGAAGACUGGGGCUUCUGUAGUGGAUGCCCUAGUACAAUGUCCUACAAAAACAAUAACAGCAGGAUUUAGUAACAGAGUACCAACAGGAGCAAAGCCUUGUAUUUCUUUUUCUGCCUCCCAAGGCCAGCUUCAGACCCCAGUGGAUCUGCUCACGCAGAACUGCAUAUUGUUUCACAUUCCUAACCAAAACUGUUUGAUGUUUUUUGGAGUUGCAGGACAGUGCUGUAAUUUUUAGUGUAAUUAAAUAAUGGGACCCCUGUAAGACUAAUGCUAUAUCAAAGGAUGAUUUACACAAAAAAUUAAUAAUACUGAAGCUUAAUCCUGGAAUAUUAUCUGGGGUUAUUCAGUGAUACAUGACCACCAGUAGGAUUUAUAUGUGUGUAUAAACUAAUGUAAUCAUGAGCCAUAUUUUGUACUAAAGCAGCUAUGGCUUUUGAAAAGUAUUAAUCUAAAUCCUUAUUAGGGAUUUGAGGUUGUUAAAAAUAAUAGUAAAAAAUCCAGAUUUAGUUCCGAGAAAGGCUUAAAAAUCAGCAUUUAAUAGGAAAAAAACCCCAACUGCUGAUAACUUAAACUUAUUUUAAAUAUUUGCAGUUGGAUUGUUACCAUUUUGUUACAUUAUAGUAAAUUUAUAUUUGACCUGUCAAAAAUCUUGCUUUAGGGCCUUCUCACUGCCAGCCUUACAACCAAAAAACAAGUCAAAUCUUCCUAAAAUUACAUAUUAAAGCUCCUCUCAAAUCCACCCUCUGCCCACAAUGAGUGUGUGACAGUUGGAGGGGCAGUGAGCAGGGUGAAUUUGCCCUGUACCUUACGGACUUGCAUCCCUCCCAUCUGCCUGCCUGCUGCCUGCAGCUGAUUCUCCCCAUGCCCUCUGUCAGCUCGUCUGUUUGUCCAGCCUCUGGAUCAAUUACAUCUGUAACACUAUUUGCACCAGAGCUGCAAAACCUCCUUCUGAGAGUCUUCGCAUCAACUUCUCAGUUCUGUGAGGGACAGGUGCAACAGAAUCACCUCUGCUCUCUGGGCUGAGGGACACUGUUCAGGGAUUAUUUAUCCUUUCUCCUUUCCUUUGGCACGCACGGGUUAUUUAUCCUUCCUUCUUGCCUGUGACAAGUCAAAUGAAUAUGCAUGUGAGUAGCUGGACAGUCUUUAUACCUACGGGAGAACCUUUCUGAAAGGACUGUUGCAGAUAAACACAAGUGCAUGGCAAAACUUGAGGAAAAAUAUUGAGGACAGAACCACAUCACCCUUAUUGUUGGUAUCAACAGAUAUACCCAAAUAUAUUUUCAGGAUUUUUUUUUUAUUUUGUCAUAGCGAUCUUUAUGUCGAGCUUCUAGACACUUUUGCUAGAUGCUUAACACUUUCUCUAAAGGAGUCUUCUAGAUCUGCAUAGUUAGGCUGUUUCAAGAAUUCCCCAGACUAAGUACCUCUGAGUACCCAUCCAGCCCUGUUUUUAUUUCUGAUCGUCCUCACUGCAAUAAAAACAGGAUCUAAAAAAAGCACUCUUGGGAUCUCUUGCUGUUGUGUUCUGGAAUUCCAGGCAAAAAAUGACUAAGAGAGCUUGGUAAGAUAAAAACAUAAACUUCUAUUUCUUUAGGGCCUUCAUUUUAUAAAAACUGCUGAGUUUAUUGGUGCUAUCUUGAUAAAACCUGUUGAGAUUAUUUAAAUACCUCUCCUAAUUGUUUAAUAAAUGAACGAUGUCAACAGAUAGGGAAUUUUGACCAAGGUGCUUGUUACUUGAUCAGGAAUUAAUAAAUGACUCAUGUCUAGUCUGAGACAACAGUGAUCUCAGAGGUUUGCUUUUGUGAGAUGAGGGAUUUUCCGUUUUCUGUAUUCCAUUUGAACUGCUUUAAAGUGAUCGAAGAGUAUGAAAAUUUCAGUGCACAAAAGACUGUUAGUUGUGCAAACUGUACGUGUUUACUGGUUUCACUAGUUCUAAUACACUAAUGAAGCUAAAAUUCUUACAUUGCAGUGUAAAGAUAUUUCUGCUCUGAAAGGCUGCUGAAUUGCUUUUCAAUACAAUUAACUGUUUCGAACCUUUACUCAUAAACUUUAAAUUGUUUUUACAGAUUUUAUGCAGCUUUUAUUAGUAUACUGGAGUUCAAAUAAUACAACACAUUCAAAUCAGAGAAAGAACAAAUACAUCACUGUUUCUGUUGCCAUAGGAAGUUGUUGUCUCUAAGAGGUUUAAUAAAGAAAUGGCCUAAAAUCCUAAGAAGUUAUUGGGAAUUUUUCCAGACUUCAAUAAUUUUGAAUUAGAUUGUGGGUAAACUCAGGGGAAAAUCAGUAUUCACAGGGUCAGCAUGAGCCAAGGAGUUUUAAGAGACUGAGUGUAAGAACAAGGAGCAUGUAAAUUCCAUUGUUCAUCUAUCAAUGACACAGUUUCUCAAUAAACAGAGGAUUUGUUUCACCAGAACUACCACAUGCCUUUUAAGAGCAACAGAACCAAGAUGCAACAGCUCAGUGAAAAGAACUCAGUGGUUACCCUUGAUUUCUAUUACAGGAUGGGUAACAUGAGCUCUUUGGGUGCCUUUUAACCACUUUUAACCACAUUCUCUCUCUGUCAAGUUGAUUUUGAAUCUGCUGACCAAUUUCAAACAGAUUUGACAGAGGAGUAGUUGACUCAAAGGCAAUGGUUAUGAAAAAAAUGGGUAGGCAACUGGCCACAGAAACACUUCUUCCAAAACAAAAUAUCCUAAAACAUUGUGUGUUGUUAUUAACUUCAUGGGGAUCAAGUUUUUAAUCUGAGAAAAGUCUUUAUUCACUCAUUCUAAAAUUAUAAUAGCUUCGAGAGAAUUAUAUAUAUAAUUCAUUGAAUAUUGUGAUUCUACAUUAUUUACCUCACAAAACUGGUGCUAUUUUAAUUCUUGUAUUCAGAACACUAUAUAUAUUGCUAUGUUUAACUUCAGAAUGUGUGUUAACAGAAAACUGAAACAUAUUUUGGUGAAUAUGUAUUUCUCUGUUUCAUAAUCUCACAAGAGCUUUUUUUCUAGUGAUAAAGAACAUUCUGUUGGGCAUAGUAGCAAUGUACUUAAUAGUUAAGCAUAAUAUACAUACUGUUUACUCUA